AAAAAGUUCAGCCAAAUGCAUUGUGGUUGUGGAUGCUCGUAGUGACGGCAGCUGUUGAAACACUAACAGAACAGGUUUCAACCUCUUUAUACGGUUUCAACGAGCGUGAGGCCACACACACGGGACGGAGCAGAGCAGAGACAGGUUUCAACCUCUGUAUACGGGUUCAACGAGCGCGAGGCCACACACACACACACAUGGGGCAGAGCAGAGAAAGACCCAAGCCAGCCAAAGUCAACUUUCUACCCAACCUUCCCCAAGGAGAGGAUCCCUCAAGUCUUGAGCACUUCAGGCAGACAAUUGUUGAGGAAGACUGAGAUGGACCUACCCCUCAUUAAAAAGAUGAUGCAGACCACAUUUGCACUGCGGCGACAGACCAUAGUGAGGACGUGCCCGCCAGUGAACGAGCUCAUGGACCUCUGGCCUGCUCUCAAAAUGGAGUCUGAGGUGUAUGCAGAGUUCCAACGGAUUACCAACCAGAAUCUGCCGAACACGUUCUACGCUGCUUUUGACCGCCAUCUUCCUCGACUGAUGGUCAUAUUUAGACAGAAGGCGUCCAAAACUGGGAAGACAGCUGAGGCUUUGGCUGAAAUUUUCAAAAUCCACGCUGAACAGGAAUUACAUGACAUCAACACCAGGCGUACCACCGUUAUCCAUGCCCUUCCUGUGUAUCUGCAAGAGGACACCUCUGGAUUUUUCCGAACCUGCACAGAAGAGUCCGAACCAGAGCUUGGAGGUGUUGCAGUGGCCCUCCUUACUGUCAUCAGUGACAAUGGCACAAGUCAAGUGCAAUAUCAGCCUGUGACCAUCUCUGUCGUCAUCGAAAAUGACAUUGUGGUCAGCCUCCCCAGACUUGCAGAUGCAUUCCUGGUAAUGUUUGGACUAAUUUAUGCACUACACCUCAGCUAUCCCAAAGGACUGACAAACACUUUCGAGUUCACUCAGAAGAUUUUACUUGGUCUGGAAGAUCGUAAAUUGUCGCCCAAGUUGCAGACCCUCAAGAAUGACUUGAUGAUGCAUGUGUAGAAAUCCAUCUGAAAAACAGGUGUGGAGUGCGGCAUUUUAAGGCAUUUUCCCUCUACUUCAAAGUGAUUUCCUUCUAAAAAAAAAAAUGCCUUAAAAAAGUUGCUAUUUCUGAUAAACCGGCAUUAAUAAUGUGAAUGUGUGUUUAUGCGUUUGUUUGUUGUUGUUGCUGCACUUUAACUCAUCCAGGUGAAGAUUUGAUACUUGUUAAUGUAAUUCAUUUACAUUUUAGAGUUUUACAGUUAAAGGGUUCAGACUGUCAUUGUGAUUUGAAGUUGUUGCCCUGUUGCCAUGUUGCCCUAUUCAGGUUUUAACCAAAAUGUGCCAGAAGUACAAUUGCCUUUGCAUUUUUUUUAUUUUUUUUUAUGAUUACUUAUUUUACUGUCUUGUAAAUGUUAACAGGACAGCAUGUUAAAUAGGAGGGCUAGAAAAUAAGACAUUUACUAAAGCUGUUCAAGUUAGUCGCACUCGAUUUAAUUUAGGCAAUCAGUUGCCUCAAUGUUUUUAAGUUUUAAGUUAUGUGAUUUUGAGUUGACUAAGUCAAUGUGUUUGGUUUGGUUGAAAUAAUAAAUAUUGAGGUCUGUUAACCCAAAAAAAAAGACUUUGAGUACUUUUUUUUAAAGUUCUGGUAACUUAAUCCAUUAGUAGAGGUGCAUUCAAAUG